CGUCACUGCGGUAGGAGGUGCCUCUUUGUGCGUUUGUGCGGAUCUUUUCCGAGACUACCAUCAGCAGCUUCUUGGGAGCUGGCGUUUAAAAUUUUAUACCGAAGAUUAUCGGGAGUUUUGAGAGUGGUGUACGUCGUCGCGCGUUUCCUCUGAAAGUGGUGUUUUGUGUGGUUUUAUUUGUUGUAGUUGCGUAUGUUUCACGAAGUGAUGCAGCAGCCUGUGUCCAUCAAGUCCGAACCCGACUGGAAUGAUCUGCUGCUUCCGCCGGAACCUGACACUCGUCAAUAUGCCCUCCAGCAGCAGGCAAUGCAUUACAGUCAACAGCUGCAUCAUCAGCAGCAACAGCAACAUCAUCCGCAGCUUCCGACGCACCCUCAGCAAUUGCAACAAGCUCAGCAGCAGCAAUUGAGAAAUGGUAAUCCCGUGGCCCAUCCCGGAACUCCAGGAACACCAGUUUCGCACCCUGGGGGAGUUCCACAGCAAUCGCAACAGCAGCAGCAACAACAGCAACCUCAACAACAACAACAACAGCAGCAGCAACCCCAGCAAUUGUCCAAUGAUCCCGUGGACAACGAACCGCUGGACAUUAUCGAGAAUGUCGAUUCUGACGAUAAUGAUUUUGCUGAGGCCGAAUCGCUUACGCUUCAACAGUACAAGAAAGAUGAGAAGCUGUGCGAGUACUACCGCCGGAUGCCGGUGCUCUACGACAAGGCCCACCCGCACUACAAGUUCCAGUCGAAGAAGGAGAAGGCCUGGCGGGAGUUGGGCCGGCUGUGCGACAUGGACAUUGACCAGUGCAAGAAGCGGAUGACGUACUUCCGCUGCCGGUUUACCGUCGAGCGGCGCAUCAUGAAGAACGGCGUGAACUGCAGCGAGUGGCCGCUGCUCGAUAAGCUCAAGUUUCUGAACAAACACAUCAAGAUCCGGCGACCGCGGGCCCCGAACGGUGACGUCGAUCCGGACACUGACGAUGAAUCCAGCCCGUUGGCCAUUUUGCGCAAGCGACAAAUGGAAGACGCUAAAGAGGACCUACACGCUUACCUGGAUCUGCAGCAGGUAGCCGCAAACCCUCAGUUACAUUACCAGGCACAGCAAGCAAAACUCCAACAGCAAUAUUCGCACGCACAACAUCAAGGAUUCCAUCCCGGUCAGGACAUGGGACUGCAUCACCUGCAAUCGCACGGACAUCACGGCAGCUCGGCUGCUCGCGACUCGCACCAUUCCGGCCAAAUGGUGCCAAACCCGCAAGCCUUCCGUGCCGGCCUGUCACAGCCAACACCAGCCGAGUCACCUAUACCGGCAUCCAACGUCGAGGUGUCCUACAACGUGCCCAAACGUCAGCGGCUGAACUUCGACAUGGACGAAGGCGCCUCGGUGGCAAACUUCAACCUAAACCGUACCGUUCGAUAUCAGAACAAUUUGGAUCACUCGGUCAGUCUAGACGAGCAUGGUGCGUUCGGUUUGUACGUUGGAGAAAUGUUGCGAAAACUCCCUGAUAGAUUGGGCUCGGUGACGACGAUGAAGGUGAUGCAAUUGCUACAUGAAGCACAAAUCCAAGCGAUAGAUGCGGCUGCAAACAAUGCAGCGGCCAACAAAAAAGACAGUACCGAAAACAGCAAUGCCGAUGAGCGUAAAUCUACCGACAGUAACGAAAGUGCUAGUAAAGAAUAAGCAACACGCAUCCUCACUCCUCGUUUCUCUCCCAUAAAAAUAAGCAAGAUGCCAUUCGAUUAGCUACCCAUUGUACAGAUGCAAAGCUAACACAUAUUCACUCCACGACAGGACUCAUAGCUCGAAAAAACAUGUAUUUAUUCCGAUGGAAACAUCUUCCAUUAGUAAGCUUCAUUGGCCAGGAUAGAAAUCCGAGGCGUUAUUUUAAUUCGCGUCAUAUAUGCUCCCCCCCAUAUUAGACAAACAAAAACCACACAAAAAGGUAACAUAUAACAAAAAGCUUAUAUGAGAGUAUGAUUUCGAACAAGAAAACGUACCCGGCAUCCCUGCGUUCCCCGGUGUGGAAUCUCGAGGGCGGUUCAGAGAGACGGUGAGAUAGUGCCAGCCGGUGUCGGAAUUCGUAGACGAACACGUGCACAGAAACCAAUAACCGGUUGCAAGCAAUCGAAGAACGUGCAUGUAGGUAGUCGGUACCUACUCCAGUUCCGAUAGUUUAGUAGAAAGUUUUAUGGAUUUGUAGAACAUAAGUGAUAAUUUAAAUCAUUUGACAGAACCGAUAUACAAAGAAAAAAGUGUAAAAUUAUCCUAAUAAAUGUGAAUUAUGUUAA